AUGAGAAACUCAAAAGGAGGAUCCACAAUGGUAGCGGAUAGGCCCAAUAAUGGUCUCCUUGCCAGACCCAAAUUCGGAGCACUGUUGCAUUCCGAAUCAAAUAUCUUCUCGCCACGUCACAAAGCGUCCCACAUCGACGACGACAACUUCUCCGGCCACCGUCAAAGUAGCUCGUCGGCGAUGAGUCCGGGAUCAUCGGUUAGUGCUUCUCCCUACGCCAUGUCCCCUUGGAAUAAUCAAAAUUCUUCUCCGUACAACAAGUCUCCUUGGCUAACAUCCUCUCCGAUUAUUUUCACUCCUUACGAAGAAGAUCAUGAGAAUUUUCCUCGUAAUGGCUUAAUCCGGUCUAUUGUAAGAGAAGAGGGUCAUGUAUAUUCUUUAGCUGUUUCAGGGGACCUUCUCUACACUGGAUCCGACAGCAAGAACAUUCGGGUUUGGAAAAACAUGAAAGAAUUCUCCGGAUUUAAAUGCAGCAGUGGUUUGGUGAAAGCCAUUGUUAUCUCAGGUCAUAAGAUUUUCACGGGUCACCAGGACGGUAAGAUUCGAGUCUGGAAAGUCUCCCCGAAGAAUCCGCGGGUCCACAAACGAAUCGGGAGCUUGCCCUCUUUCAGGGAUUUUCUCCGGGGCUCCAUCAACCCAAAGAAUUAUGUUGAGGUCAGGAGGCGACGGAAUGUUCUCCGUAUAAGGCAUUACGACGCCGUUUCGUGCAUGAGCUUGAACGAAGAACAAGGGUUAUUAUACUCAGGGUCGUGGGACAAGACAAUUAAAGUCUGGCGAAUCGCCACGUCCAAAUGCUUGGAAUCUAUCACUGCUCACGAUGACGCCGUAAAUUCAGUUGUUUCUGGUUUCGACUCGUUGGUUUUCACCGGCUCGGCUGAUGGUACUGUUAAGGUUUGGAGGAGAGAGCUAAACGGGGAAGGGACGAAACAUUUCUUGGUUCAAACUCUACUGAAGCAAGAGAACGCGGUGACGGCUCUAGCAGUGAACGUAGAAAACGCCAUAGUUUACUGCGGUUCGUCAGACGGGUUGGUCAAUUACUGGGAACGAGAGAAGCACUUGUCUCACGGUGGGGUCCUCAGGGGACACAAGCUCGCCGUGCUUUGUCUCGCCGCCGGCGGAAACCUUGUCUUUAGCGGCUCCGCCGAUAAGAAUAUUUGCGUCUGGAGGAGGGAGCCCAGUGGGGCCCACGCCUGCCUCUCGGUGUUAACGGGUCAUACUGGGCCCGUCAAGUGUUUGGCAGUUGAAGAGGAAUGCUACGAAAAUCGGGGCUCCGAAAAGGACGGUGCGGUUGACCCGAGGUGGGUGGUGUACAGCGGGAGCCUCGACAAGUCAGUUAAGGUGUGGCGCGUGUCGGAGCACGUGCCGGACGUGAAUCGGGGUAGAGCGUGGGAGCAUCAAUAUGGGAGUAGCGGCCAAGGGUCGCCCAAUGAGUCCGUUGUUAGUGGUCGGUCGAGCAUAAGGUCGGCUGCGGAAAGGAGCUUUAACCGUAGGCACGACCAAAACUAAAAGAACGUCCUAAGCAGUAUCUCUGGGAACAAGCCAACGCGCUUUCGAUGGUCGUUGAUGGUACCCGCCAUCGGAUUGGUUCUGGGGUGGCCUAGCAUCGUUUUGUGGUUCCGUAAUAACCUUCAUACGACUGGCCACCGUCAUUCGUUAAAGGUUUCUGGACUCUUUUAUCUCUGGAUUGCAUUGAUUUUUUUUGGUUGCCGUCCUACAUAACUACUAACCAAUAGGAGUGUGCCACGUAACAAACAAUUGGUCGAUCUUUCUGAAACUGCAAGUGUACGUAUGAUUUUUUGUAUUUGUUUUUCUCUUCCAAAGUACAAAUUUUGCCUAAAAAAAUUUUCAAGAAAAAAAUACAAAGUUCAAAAUGUCAAACCCCUUUCUGUUUAUAUGUAUUUAUUAUAUUAAUUAUUUGAAAAGGAGUUGGGUUUGCUGUUUCUUAUUUUUGUAAGUUUCAUUUUAUACGUUAUAGUCCAAAAGAAGGUUUAGUGACCUAAAUGUUGAAUUGAAAAUUUACGAGUGUUUGUACAUAUUUGGUUUUGUUGGGUUUGACUUUGUGCAAAUUUGUGUUGUUAUAUAAUUGUUAUACAUAAUAAGUCGUAUGCGUACAAUUCAAA